CAUCCGAUCAAUCAGUCGGUACCAGAUCGGUGGCGAGCAACAGUCCGACGACCAAGAAGUAGCAGCAACGAUGUCCGAGCAGAAAGUAGCCGAACCAGCCUUCCUACAGCUCAGCGAGCUUGCCUCCAACAGUAGUGGUGGCCGUGUCCUGUUUGCCACGGACGAUUGGUUUGCCCCUGCAGAAUGGAUGCUGAUGGACGCAGAACCGGUGUUUAUCCCGGACAAGUAUACCCCGUACGGUAAGUGGAUGGACGGUUGGGAAACCAGGCGCAAGCGAAUAGCAGGCCAUGAUUGGUGUAUCAUACGGCUGGCGGCACUCAGCAAGAUUAAGGGAAUCGUAGUAGACACGGCGCAUUUCACGGGCAACUUUGCGCCAAGGUUUUCCGUGCAAGGUGCGCAACUUAGCCCGCUGGUAGAGGAAUCGAUUCCGGAACGAGGGCGAGAGAUGAUCGGAACGGCUUGCAGUGAGAAAGAUCUAGAAAAAGUUGCUAGCUUGAAAAGUGAUGAAUGGUCGGAGGUGAUCGAAAUGACCCCACUUAAGCCGGGGUAUAGCACAACUAGCAAGCAAUACUUUUUCGUCGAUUGCAAUGAUGCAUUCACUCAUCUGAGAGUUAAUAUCUAUCCGGAUGGGGGAAUAGCUCGGUUGCGGGUAUUUGGAGAAGUACAACCGGAUAACAAUUUAUUAUCCAGUGGAAGCCAACUGGAUUUGAUUGGAAUGCUGAAUGGAGGCCAAUGUCUCAGCUAUUCUAACGCACAUUACGGCCAUCCGCGAAACUUGAUCAAACCGAACCGGGGCAUCAACAUGGGUGAUGGGUGGGAAACCGCUCGAAGACUCGAUCGGCCACCGAUUCUGAACAUCGAUAAGCACGGUAUUCUGCAAGUACCCGGCUGUGAAUGGGCCGUUUUCCGACUGUGCUCCAAGGGAAUAGUGGAGAGGGUUGUGGUGGAUACAAACCACUUCAAGGGUAACUUUCCGGAUACCGUUAAGAUCGAGGCCACGUGCCUGGAGCCGAACCGUACACUGCAGUCGGCCCAGUGGCAACCGAUGCUGGAUAGUACCAAGCUUGCCGCCCACCGGGAGCAUGUGUUCGAGGAUGAGAGCUUACAGUUCAGAGGACCCUGUAGUCACGUAAGAAUCACGAUAGCACCGGAUGGGGGGAUAUCGCGGGUUCGGUUGUUCGGUAGGGUUCUGUGACGGGGGAAUAACUUUAAGCAAGGUCCACAAAAAUACGGUGCAAUAAAUGAAACUGAAGAUAAUUUUUGAAAUAAACAAAAGGUGUUUUUUGAGAUAACCUA